CUUCCACAACAACUCCACUCUCACUCUCGACUCUCUUACUUUCCCCACAUUUUCCGUCACUUUCCCGAGAAAAUAAAAAUGUCGAAAUCGAACAAAAUCCGUCACAUUGUAGUAGUCCAGCAGAUGCUAAAACGAUGGCGUAGAAACGCAAGAGUCACCGCAUCAGCACCGUCUCGAGGAGCGCCGUCCGAUGUACCGGCGGGACACGUGGCCGUCUGCGUAGGGGAGAGUUGCAAACGGUUCAUCGUACGUGCGACGUACCUGAACCAUCCGAUAUUCAAGAAUCUUCUAGUGCAAGCUGAAGAAGAGUACGGUUUCAAAAACAGCGGACCGUUAACGAUUCCGUGUGACGAGUCCGUUUUUGAAGAGAUACUACAUGUCGUUUCGUCGUCGUCUUCACGGUCUAGCUCCGCUCGGUUUUUGAACGGUGAUGAUUUUCAGAGACGCUGCCACGUGGAUGUAAUUAAAAAUAAUACCCGUCCUAUUGAGUUUUUGGGUGAAUCGAGGCCGUUGCUUCAUGGUUAGAUGAUAUAUUAGAUUGUAGACUGACUAUAAUUUUUUUUAGUUAAAAUAUACUAGUAUUAUUUAUUUUUAGGGUUUCUUAAUUUUAUUGUCUUUACUUGAAAAGAGUUGGAGAUGGCAAGUUGGGUUAGGAAACCGAGUCAUCCCGAGUUGAAAGAAAGUCUUAUUAUCAUUUUUUAAUUGUAAAUUUUUAUAAUUAUUGAUCAAGAAUGCUUAAUUUAUGAAGAGCAUUUGUUUACUAUUGAAAAAUUAUAAGGAAACAUUUAUGUGA